UCACAAACAGGUAUAAAAAUUCCAGUUAAUGAUUAUCUAAGCUAUGGGGUUUUAACCCGGAAAUGUUUAUGAUUAAAAUGAAACAGAAACCACAAGGCUGUUGCUAUUAAUCUUUUAAAAAAAAACUUCCUAGGAAUCUGCUAGUAACAGUAAAUCAAUAAAUGUUGAAAAUAAUGAUCUCAUAAACCUCUACAACAACAAUUUACAACAACUCAAACAUUAGACAACGAUUCAACUUAAUCAAAUUUCAAGUUCAUUCGAUUCGAAUGCGUUUCAUAAAAUAUGUUAUUCACUGUUGCGAUUUGAAAAAAAAACAUCGUAACCUUUCUGCGGAUUUCGUUAACCCCAACACUUCCAUAGCAUUAACAUAUUUUAACGGGGUUUUCCGUGUUUAAACUGGUUCUUAAAGUUUGCGGAAUUUUGAGAUUCGGUAUUCUGCAGAAUAAAAUAAGUAUCUAACUAUGUUUCUUCCUUAAGUUAUUCUUUUUUUCCUGCUUCUUAAGAAUAGAGCUUCUUCUUGAUAGAGCUAGGGUUGAUAGAGCUAAGCUGUAUCAAGAUUUAUUUUUACCACGUAGCUGGAUAGUCAGUCCUUGACACGGGAUACACGGUCCGGAUGGGAUUUGAUACCCGGUCCUGCCGUGUGGAACUGGCGCCAUUUAUCACAUACACCACUGGGCUGAUAUUUCUUCCAUAGAAAAAGAAACCUUUACUCAACCGAGUGAAACAUAUGUACACAAAUAAUAAAUUUUCAAUUUGUGCUAUGCUAAUGCUCAUCAUUAAAGUAAUCAAUAAUGGUUCCAAUGCGAAAUGAUAUGACAGCAACAUUGCCUAUUAGCUUAGCUCUCGAUCUGUACUAAGCAAGAAAGAAGACGGUGUACAGAAAGUAAGUUGUUUAAACAAUUAUAAAAUCAUAACAAAAACAUAUUUAUGUUCGAACAUUGACAUAAAUCGAUUCAUAACAUUACGAUCUAACAGAAAAACUAAGGAAAGAUCAAUGUACACCUUCAUACAACAGUUAUAAAAGCAGUUUAAUCUGCACAAUUAAAUACGAAGAUUCAUAACUCUUUGACGCAUUGAUAGAAUUGUUGAGAAAAUUAUUCAACGUAGUCUCGGAAGACGUAAUGAUGCAAUACAUAAUAACUGACGUUAAAUUCUUCAUUGGCGUCAAUGGCAACAUCAGCAGAACAGGCUGCACUACAGAAUUUACACAAAUAACAGAACGAACCUUCAGCACUGCUACAAUUUGUGAUCUGCAAACUGGAAAGUCAUCCGGCUAUAGCGGACCGCUGUGUAAUUGAAUUUACCGCACACCGCGCGCAGAAGAUGUUGUAUUUCGCUCCAUUUUGCUUCAAGGUCAUAGGCAACAUGCUUGCUAGCGGGACGUUUCGCAGUGAAGCAGCAUGGUGAGCGAUUACUUGGCACUUUGGUCCGCCUAGGUCCCGAGGAUAGAGCACCAAAGAUUGGAAUGGAAGAAAUAGUUCAUUCGCAAUGGCAUUGCAUUGCGUUCAUCGAUCGAAAACAUUCAUUCUGAUCGGUCAGGUUCUGUGUGACGGUACGUGGGGAAGAACCAGUUUUGUGACGUAGAGAGCUCAUCAUGCCGCAUGUAAAAUGCUAAUACGAUACAGUGAUCGCUGGACGCAGCACUACACUACAGGAAAAUUAUUUUGUAAAAAUAUCACUAAAUUGUAUUUUGAUUUUAUAAAAUAAUGAGCGACAAAUAAAAUCACAUAACAAGUCUUUCACAAUGUUCAUGAAAAAGCAUUCUAAAAUAAAGUUUUGAUUGUAAAUUUGAUCAUCCAAAAGUUCGCAGCGAACAGUGUGUAACAAAAAAGUAACCACGCAACUGAAGAAAAAUUCCAUCACGCCGUGUGGAGAGCGACAUCAUAUCGUGUACCCGCGUACGAUGCGAUGUAACGUCAUUCACCGUCGCAAGACCAGUUGUCGUUCUGAAGCGACACAGAAGAAGAAGCAACAAAUGUACAAGAAAAGCUCAUCCGUAUCGAGAUGAUCGUGUUUCAGCGAACGAUCGUCCUGUCAGUUGCGUUAGUUCACCGUACCGGUGCGGACGUUUCGGUUCGAUUCGAUCAAAUUGCCGUGGAACGGUACGAGUGACCAUGAUAGGCAAAUGGCGAGACAUGUUUGCGGCAACGGUACUGCUGAUGGUCCUGCUUGCGGAAGCUCCACAAACGGAGUCUUACCAAGUGAGAAAGGAAAUCAGCUUUAACUGGAUACGCGACAGCAGAGACGUGAUCAGAAAUCAAACCGCUGUUCUGCUGCAAAGAGAUGGCUACGAAUCGGACCGAAUGCAGGUGCGUACAGACGACGGUUAUCUGUUGACGGUGUAUCGUAUGCUGCCCAGAAAAACCCGCCUUGGUGUGGUACUGUUCCAUCAUGGCAUACGGCAGUCAAGUGACAUGUGGAUGUUCCUCGGACCGAAGCGAUCCCUUGCCUAUCAACUCUACGAAGCUGGAUACGAUGUGUGGUUUAGUAACUCGCGCGCCUCUCCAGAAUCCGAAGGGCACGAACGGCUGGAUCGGGACAGUGACCACUAUUGGGACUUUAGCUUCCACGAGAUCGGUAUCGAGGAUUUGUCUGCUGUGAUUGAUUACAUACUCGCAGCAACCGCCAGAAAGACGCUACAUUUCGUCGGCUAUUCUGAGGCUGGAUCAGCCGUGCUCGCGCUACUGUCUGAGCUACCCGGGUACAACGAGAAGAUGGCCAGCGUGGAACUGAUAGCACCACCUGCCUUCAUGCAGUACGGACAGUUUGCCUGGAUAGCGCGCAUGGUACAACCGAUUCGGGCACUGUUUCCUUGGAGCGUUUACUAUACCCGUGACGCACUACCUACCCAAAUCUGUACGCUUUUCCGCAACGAAUGCUGUUUACUGUUCGGUCAGAUGAAUGAUCGCAGUAGCGGCAACGGCACGAGAAUGGAACGAUCGCCUGGUUCUCGAGCUGGUUGCUUCGACUUGGAAGAUAUUUCACUGAAACAGCUCGAGCAUUAUCGUCAAAUUAUUGCGAGUGGACGAUUCCAGCAGUUUGACUACGGGUACGCAGUUAAUUUGCAUCGGUACAAGCGAGAUCCUCCACCAGACUACUGUCUGUGGGAUGUAACGGCCCGAAUAACGUUACACUACGGCAACAAAGACAAAACGGUUGACUGGCGUGGUGUGGAACAGCUCGCCCGGAAGCUUCCGAAGACGAUGGAAUUACAAAAGACACUGUAUAAAGGCUUCAGUCAUCGAGACUUCUACCGGAACCCUAAAACGCAGACAACCGUCUAUGCAAAUAUUUUAAAAUCAAUCAAACGUCACACGACGCUGCAAUAAAUCUUUCGUUCCUAACCUCAAAAA